GAAUUUCUGCACGGCAGCUCGAUUUUUGGUCGUAGACUUUGGGAUUCUGGUGCUGUACGGUGAGCCGUCAACCAUCUUUUUUUAUUAUUGCUGGAUACAGCACAAUAGCUGUCAGAGUAGAUCCGUACUGCCAGAAACCAGAGGACGCUGAGCGAAUCGCCCGAAGUGUCCGGCCCAUCGGACUCGCUCACACUGAAAUGUGGUGUGUCAUCCCAAACCAAAGAGCUUCUCCUUCAUUGCACGCAAUCCGCAACAACAAUGCUUCGCUUCCGCCCACGUAUUGGCAUUUUGCCUUCGAGAGUCUUUGUUAGGGCCUCGCUUACUCGACCUUUUGCAACUCAAGCGCCUACUCCUGCAUCCGGUGACAAAGCCACCGUUGAGCCAGCCGUUACACCCGACCGCACUGCAUUUCCUGCCACCAGUGCAUUUGAGAAUGAGCUUUCCCGUGGCCCUCAAGCGGCCUUCAUGAACGACCCAGAGUACGAAGACUUGACAAGGUCGCACAAGGGUUUGUCCUUUGAGCCUUUCCCGCCUGAGAUUUCCGAAAUUCUGCUAGCACCUAUAAAAGAGGCGGAUAUCGAAAUUACACCAGAUGGUCUUUUAUACCUUCCUGAAAUCAAAUAUCGCCGUAUUCUUAACCGCGCAUUUGGCCCCGGAGGUUGGGGACUCAUUCCCCGCGGCCCGCAUACAGUGACCAACAAGACAAUCUCGAGAGAGUACGCCUUGUUUUGCCUCGGCCGAUUUGUUGCACAAGCACGCGGGGAACAAGACUACUUUAGCGAUGACAAACUACCGACCUGUGCGGAGGGAGCAAAGUCCAAUGCUCUCAUGCGUUGCUGCAAAGAUUUAGGGAUCGCUUCGGAAUUGUGGGACCCUAUCUUUAUCGAACAAUUCAAGGCAAGCCAUUGUGUGCAACUUCCCACUGUGAGCGGAUACAGCAACACUCGCAAGCUUUUGUGGAGGAGGAAGGACCGGAAGUUUGGCCCAGGCGUCAGGGAGGACACUGGCAGCUCUAGUAAUUCCGGAGGAAAUGCUUAUAGAAAAAAUUGAAAGAUCUUUAGUGAAGAUCUAUAAAAAAUUUGUAUUGCUGCUUUAGCUGGUUGCUUGCGAUAUCAUUGUGUGCAUAGUUAACAUAGUCGGAUAUAAGUGA